AUGUCCUUUUCCGCCAUUGCUGGCAGCGACGCGUCGCGUCCAGCGCGGUCGAGGAAUUUAACCCCAAGCUCUGAGGGGAGCUUGAAUCACAAAGAUGAGCUGCAUUCACCUGAAAAACGCCAGAAGAAGAGGGCCGACUCUGUUACCAUGGAGCAUCUCUUGAAACCCUCAAUUGCUGUCAAGCCGCAUCCGCCGAAGCUUCAUAUCCAGCCUCGUAUCCUCCACCCAUUGAUGGUCCUCCCUCGCGAAUGUCUACCGCUGUCCUGUAUCGAUUUCCAUGCCACAAAUGUCGACCUCGCCACUUACCGCUUGUUCGAAGCCAACAUCAAGAUUAUGGACCUGGAAAGCCGCAUGGGUUCCGUCCCUGUCGUCCUUCUUGCCAGAAAAGAGGGGAGUCGCGCCGUAUAUGCUCUCGAGAAGCAGGAGAGUGGACUUUAUGUUGUAUGCAGACUUGGUCCAUGGGUAAACCUGGACCUCUUGGCAGACAGUGCAACGGCCGUCUGUCGAGAACGCCUACAUCCAACUACUAGAAGCGACCCCCAAAACCAGAACGGCCCGUCUGCGAUUACUACGCCCCAUAUACACAAGGAAGAGAAGAUGAAACGCGCCGCCAUAGAGGCUUUUCAGUCUCAAGUUCGCAAACGACCAAGAUCGCAGUCUGUUUCAACAUUGGCCGAAUCCGUGAAACAAGAGGCAACCGAAGCUGCGACGCCCACGGAGUCGAAGCUUCCAUCCCCAAUCAUCCAACCAGAGGAACUUGAAAAGAAGUCAAACAAGCACACGGCGCAGCUACUACCUUUGGGAAUCUCAAGUGACGCCAAGACCGAAGAGCCUUCUAAGCAACAAACCGCAGAAGACAUUUUUGAGACACUCAGAACUCAGUACUUCGACAUGCUAUACAAGUCUAUGGGAUCACUCGCCUAUUUUGCUAAAGGGCCACUCUCCCGCGCCCGUUCGGCGUUCCAUCUCGAUCUCGAAUCAAAUCUCAACUUAGCUGACCUUAUCGAGUUUUUGAAAAGCCUUGUUCUCACCACCGUACAGAUCGACAAAAAGUAUCGCCAAACCAUUCCUGCGCUUAUUGCACAGAUGAAAACAACAGUCGACAGUUCCGAUGAGGGUCGAAAAAGAAAGCGCAGAGCCAGGAGAAUGAAAAUUGGCAAGGACGGCCUCUAUCCGCACGAGCAAGCUCACAUCAGAAAGUGGUGGACUACCAACAAGCCCGAACUGAAAGAUGAUGAAACGGACGUGUCUGAACAUCAAAUCAAAUCCAUCACUUCUAUGCUUCACACAAGAGAGACUCAACUCCAGAUGAUCAUUAUAUUGGAGAUUCUUGCAUUGACUCCUCUGAAGCCCGCAGACGAUGCUGAAGACAGUCAACUUCCUCUGUUACCUGGCGCUGCUGAGUCUCAAGGUGAUAUGGCUCCUCCAUUCGCCAAGAAGCGGAACAAGCACAACCUACCUGUGCUUGUGGAUGUUCAUGCUCAUCGUUUAACAAUCUGGCAUUCCACUGCAUCUGAGGAGCAGUUGCUGCUGGAAGAUUCGCAAAUCUCCCAGGCUCUAGAUGGACAGUCUCAGCAGAAGUCGUCUUCAGAGCCUCUCAAAGACUUCUGCGUAGAUAUCAUUGUGCCAUUCUUCUCUCACAGGCUACCGGAGCUUUGUGAUUCAAUCAACCACAUGUUAGGAGGGCCCGUCAUUGUGAAGCCCUCAAGGCCUAAGGCUUUGAGACGGCCAUCGAGUAAACAAUCUCCCAAGCCGGGUACACUAGCCAAACGCUCCGUGUCAGGGCAGCCUACAAGAACAUUACAGAGAGCGCUUUCAACAGAGCAGCAGUCUCGACGAAGUGCUUCGAGAGGCCCUAGCAACAUGAUUGCGCUUAUGCGAUCCGCAACUACCACUGCCUUGCCAGGAAUCAAGCGGGAAGCAAGCGACCCUGCCUUGGUCAAGUCAGUGCUGGGCAAUGAUCCCGACUUGAUGAACAGAAAGAGUGGCCCUUUGCCACGAAGCAGCAGUGCAACUUAUUUGCAGGAUGCCAAGAUUAGCAAGAAAGCACAAGUUGAAGCAGAGUUGAGGGAUGCCAUCUCUUCCUUGAGAAAGCCGAAUCGCCAGGUGGUUGGCCAGGCGCUAGCUGAAGCAGCAGAGCGCCGCGCAACCGUGAGUUCUUCGGCAAAGAAAGCGAGAAAGCCAGUCAAAAGUUCCUUCGGUACGCCGGUUGUAAAGGCGACACCGGCGAACGUGCGUUUCAAGGAUGUGUUUGCCUCAAGGGCCAAUGCAAUGGAAACGCCCCUGAUAAGUACUGAGGAUGUCAUUCCUCCUUCCAGUCUUCCUUCAAUGGUUCCCUCUACAGGUUAUCGUGGAGGAGGCCAACGGGACGCUUUUGUACAAAGCCGAACUCCCGAUUUUGAGAGGAUUGGUAGUACGCCAACCAAGACUGGAUCAACCUUUAUUCGGCGGCCUGCAGAUGAUCCAGAUGUUUUACCGUUUCCGCCUUCCUCGCCAUGUUUGGAACGAAAAACUGUGUCCGCUGCGAAUCUAUUUAACUUUACAGGCAUUACGGAUCGCAAAAGAAAGGUCAGUUUCGAAUCAUCUCUAAACGACGAGAUCUUGGCCACGCCCGUCAAGGCUAUCAAAACAAAGAGCAUAGAAGGCCUCGAAAACAUAAGAAUGGAACCUGAACCCGCCAAGCAGGUAUCAAUUUAUCAGAGAUUGGGAUGGGAUGACGAUAUAGAUGACCUGUUAUGA